CCUAUAGACCAAUAGUGUGGUGAAUUGAACCUUGGACCUUCGGGUUUAUUUCAUGCCCCAAACCUAGCUCAACAUGUUCAAAAUACUAUCAAGGUGGCCACCUUGUCCAAACAGAAAAAAAGAAUGUUUUUCAUGAUGAUGUGAAUUGGAUUAUCAAAUAAUCAAACAGUUGAGAUUGAAUUAUUUGGCACUUUAAAGCAAAAGAAAAUUCUCAGUUUGCUUCAAAUAUGAAUUCUUUUGCUGCAUUUUGUCCAGCUAAAUCUAAUAAAGAGGAGGCAAAUAAUUUUAGAUCAUGAAGAGCAUAGGCACUUGAAAUUCUACUAGAAGUUGUCAACACUGGGUAACAUAGGGCAUUUUAAUGGUAGCUUAUUGUGGACUAAUAAUCCGUAUCUUUUUAUCAGUAAUGAGAUACUGUGUAAAAGGAAGUAAGGUAAAUUAGUAUUAUUGAAGCUGUUUCGAUGGUAGUUACAAGUGAGAUUGUCACUGUGGGAACCGGUACAACUUCUUUAUAAGUUACAUGCAAAUGUUAUUAAUUACUGCUGUGAAUAACAUAUAUUAAGAUUAAUUUUGAAACGGAUGCUGUAAAUGUUUGGCCACUAUAAAUGAAGAAGAACAAAAAAAAGAAAAAGAAAAAAAAGAAAAACAAUAGUCAGAGCCUUGACAGAGGAAGAGCAAACAAUGGCCACCAUAAUCGCUCCCAAGGAAUUUUCCCCGAUUGAAGAUGCAGAGAAUAUCAAGAAGGCUUGUCUAGGAUGGGGAACAGAUGAAAGGGCUUUAAUUUCCAUACUAGGACACAGAAAUGCAAAUCAGAGGAAGCUUAUUGGACUAGCGUAUGAGGAAGUUUAUCAAGAGGAUCUCAUCCAGCAACUUAAAUGUGAACUUUCCGGGGACUUUGAGAGAGCUAUAUGCCACUGGACACUGGACCCUGCUGAUAGGGAUGCUGUCUUAAGCAAUGCUGCACUGAAGAAGGAUGUACCCGAUUACCGGCUAAUCAUUGAAAUAGCAUGCAUUGGAUCUCCAGAAGAGCUCUUGGCAGUAAGACGUGCUUAUCGUCAUCGCUACAAGCACUCUAUUGAAGAAGAUGUGGCUGCUUACACAACUGGUGACAUUAGGAAAGUUCUCUUGGCAGUAGUAAGCGCCUACAGGUAUGACGGGUAUGAGUUUGAUACGCAAAUGGCAGAUUCAGAAGCCGUUAUUCUUCAUGAGGAAAUCCAAGAAAAGGCAUAUAACCAUGAAGAGUUGAUUAGAAUUCUUAGUACAAGAAGCAAGGCACAGCUCAAGGGAACUUUCAACCGCUACAGAGAUAUUCAUGGCACAUCCAUUACCAAGGGUUUGUUGGGCGACCCAACUGAUCAUUAUCUCGCUGCACUGCGUACAACUAUCCGAUGUAUCAGAGACCCUCUGAAGUACUAUGCAAAGGUGUUGCGUACUGCCAUCAAUACGGUAGGAACUGAUGAAGAUGCUCUCAGCCGUGUGAUCAUCACUCGUGCAGAAAAGGAUUUGAAGGACAUCAUGAAAAUCUAUUUUAAGAGAAACAAUGUUACUUUGGAGAAUGCCAUAGAGAGGGACACAUCAGGAGACUACAAGGCAUUUCUUCUUGCCUUAUUGGGGAAGGAUGAGCUUUAGAUUAACUCUGUAACCAAUUUAUUAGUUAAGGAGAUUAAAUUCUUCAACAAGAUAUUCUGCACGCCUUUGGCUU